ACUUAAUUUGUAAACUGUUCUCUAUUUCCUGUCUGGCAUGAAUGGAAAUAAUUGCCGUAGCUGUUCCUUUUAUCAGAUAAUUGGUGUCCAAGUCAAAAUCUGAUUCCAUUACAUGGAAGAUAAGUGAAGAUCUGAGUCAGAAUGUGUCUUCUUUGCUUCUUUGCAUCUGCUGCUGUUCUGCAUUUUAAAGAAACUUAAAAAAAGGAAGAAGCUUGAAAGACAGAUGUUAACCUAUGUUUUAGUCUGACAAUAUUCUGAUAAAACACAAUAUGAAUUCUGAAUUAAAAAAACAGUUGAACAUCAUUGUUUUAGGAAUAGCGUUCAUGUUUAUGUUCACUGCUUUCCAAACAUGUGGAAAUAUAGCGCAAACUGUUAUUACAAAUUUAAAUCAUACUGAUUUUCAUGGAAGUGGCUACACAAGUAUGGCUGUUAUUUAUGGAGUGUUUUCUGCAUCAAAUAUAAUUUCACCUUCAGUGGUUGCAGUCAUAGGACCACAACUUUCCAUGUUCAUUAGUGGUAUCUUCUAUAGCUUAUAUAUUGCCAUCUUUAUCCAGCCUAUUACCUGGAGUUUCUACACAGCUUCAGUUUUCCUUGGAAUAGCAGCUGCUGUAUUAUGGACUGCUCAAGGAAAUUGCCUAACAAUAAAUUCAAAUGAAAACACAAUUGGCAGGAACAGUGGAAUUUUCUGGGCAUUAUUGCAGUUCAGCUUGUUUUUUGGAAAUCUCUACAUAUAUUUUGCCUGGCAAGGGAAAACUUACAUAUCAGAAAGCGACCGUAGGACUGUCUUCAUCUCUUUGACAGUGAUCAGUCUAGUGGGCACCGUUUUGUUUUUUCUCAUUAGAACUCCAGAAGAAACAAUUUCAGAAGAAGAGGAAAGCACUGCUGAAACCAUUGCAGAUAACAUGUCUGGCCAAAGUAAAACAUCAAGGGCCAUGGAUGCAAUAAAAAGAUCGUUCAAGUUGUGUGCAACAAAAAGGAUUUUGCUACUUAGUGUCACAACAGCCUAUACAGGGCUGGAAUUAACAUUCUUCUCUGGAGUAUAUGGAACUUGUAUAGGUGCUAUAAAGAAAUUUGGUGUUGAAGAAAAAAGUCUUAUUGGACUCUCUGGUAUUUUCAUUGGCAUUGGAGAAAUAUUAGGUGGAGGAAUCUUUGGCCUCCUAAGUAAGAACAACAGAUUUGGCAGGAAUCCAGUGGUGAUGUUAGGCAUUGUUGUCCAUUUCAUAGCUUUCUAUUUGAUCUUUUGUAAUAUACCAAAUGAUGCACCUAUUGCUUCCAUGGAAGGAACAGAUAGCAUUGCAUUCAUGAAACCAAGCAAAGAAGUGGCCAUUUUUUGCAGUUUCUUACUGGGCUUUGGAGAUAGCUGUUUCAACACUCAACUUCUUAGUAUUUUGGGAUUCUUAUAUUCUGAAGACAGUGCACCUGCCUUUGCUAUAUUUAAAUUCAUUCAGUCUGUCUGUGCAGCUGUUGCUUUCUUCUACAGCAACUAUUUGUUUCUUCAGUGGCAACUUCUAAUAAUGGCAGUUGUUGGAUUUUUUGGGACAAUUACGUUUUUCACAGUGGAAUGGGAAGCAGCAGCCAGAAGUACAGGUUAUCGCAACAUUUCAUAAAUUCAGUGUGGUCAUCCUGAAGCACCUUUCCAAACCACAAGUUGAUUGGAAAGACUAUGGAAUACAGAUGUAUUUAACACCACAGUUCUAAAAGGUUUUAUUCCCUUAUCAAUCAGUAGUGAUGGACUACAAUGUGGAGACUACAAUGUGGAGAAAAAACCCUGUAGAGGGGACAGAGAGGCACUCUUUUUUAAUCAGGUCUACUUGAGCUUAAGAAUAGCCAUUAUGGAAAUUCUACUAUUGCUUUUCUUUUAAUGCACACGUGGUUAUCAAUCAAAUUCAUUAAUCAAAUUCACUGAGACUUGAAACUAGAUAUAGGAUUGCAAUCUUACCAUAUGUAUUUUUUUUCUGUAAAAUUCAUCAUUGUGCAUUUCUAGUAAGAGCAUAUGGAAAAUGGAAAGUGAAUUUCCAAUUGAAAUAAACACACUGUAUUUUACAUGUUCUGACAAACAGUUCUGCAUAGAUUACAGUUCGGUGGAAUUGAAACCUAGAACAUUUUGAUUGUUCUGGGUUUGCGUUGAAACAAUUCUGGAAGAGUCUUAGAAUCUCAAACACUUUGCCCAGGAAUAUUUUUCUUUUUCUCUGCAAAGAUUGUAUAUUAGCCUGCCUGCUGAUUUCCUCAGGGUAUUUCUUUUCCUACUCCCCCUUAGGUGCCAUUGAUUUCUUUUUCAAGGGUGACAUAUCUAUCCUGGUUUUUCAUAGGACCUUUCUUUGAUAACCUCCCCUAAAUUGAAGCCACUGAUUUCCCUGCCUGAUUUCCCUACACUUGCUGAUGUCCUUAGCAUUUUCCUGUCGCCUGUAUCUGAAACAUUUCUGCUAGAGCAUACAUGCUCCAGGCCUGGAUGUGGGCCACCCAAAACAGAACACUUCAUAUAUGGAAUGUUUUGUAUCUACUGUACUUACUUUGUAUUGGUUUGCUGAACAUCAUCAGAGGAGCCAAAGUAUAGCACUAAAAUGCAAAAUAAGGAUGCAUUGCCUUUUGGUAGUUGGUGUUGCACUGAAUGUUGAUGGUCAUAUAUAGAGGUAAGGUUGGAUUUCUGUGGAGUGUUUUUAUUGUUAUAUACAUAUUUUAGAACUUCCUAAUGUAUUUCUGAACUCAAAAUGGUGAGAAACUCUCAUUGGUCUUCAGAAACCACAAGAAGAAAAGACUAAGUCACAAAAAGAGUUCACUUAAAGGCCUAGUAGGGCCGUUUAUUGCCCAUCCAGAACAGGGACAAGUAUGAUUCUUAAACAUUAAUUAGAUUAGCAGUUUAUAGCUUCAGUUCAUUAUACACUCAUUUUAGUGCAUAUUUUCACUGGAGGGGCAAGCACUCAAAUGUUAUGAAUGUAUAUCUAUUCUACAAUAUCUACAAAUAUUUUGUCAGGUGCUAAGCUGUGUAGCAAUUCUAAAAUGUUUGAUUGAUUAGUUAAAUCAAGAUGAUUUUUCUUGUUUUAAUUCAUACUUGAAUCUGUGUAUAUUCAAACUGCAAUCAAUAUUCACCUGGGACUGGGAGCAAACUUUAGUGAAUGGAGAGGAGCUCCUUAAGUCAAUUGCACGUAGGAUUGGCACUGUAAUCAGUUAAAACGUAUGGUGGAUUUAGACGUUCUUUGAUUAAAUAAUAGACAUAAAUUCAAUUUAGCUUUUUGUAUGGAGUGCACUUUGCUUCCAAAGAGUUGUCCAAUCCCUGGGAAACUUUCACAAAGAAUAAAGGACAACCAUAUGAUUGAAUCUUCUCCCCCCUCCCCGCAUUGCUUUAAUUGAGGAAUAUCACAAUCUUAUCUAAUUAUAGAACUCAGUAAGUCAGGGUUUGGCAUUCUCAAUGCAGAACAUGUCUGAAGUCAGCUAUAAGGGAAUACAAAAAUUGUGAUCAGUUCUAGAAAAAUGUGGACAUAGAACUGUAUCUCAGUUUUGAAAAUAGCAUGCUUCAAAACCUCGUUACUGCUACUUUGUGUAUAAAAUAAUAUUUUUGCUUACCAUUCUGUUGAAACAGUACUAUGUGGAGAAAUAGUACUACAUAAAAACAGUGAAUGGUUUCUGUGUUUAGUAUAUGCUUUCUUAUUUGUAUAUAUAAGAUCAUGGCAAAAUUGAUACUGAAUGUAAUUUAUUUAGUAGUCUAGCCAUAACAGCUAUUCACUUUUAAGAGAGACAUAUCUGUCAAUGCUAAGUGCUAGGGGAAAGUUUUGCCACUUAGCAAGGCAAUUUUUAUUAACAGAUUUCAAAGUGGUAGCUUGUAUGCAGGAAAAAGAAUUACAGAAUUGAUUUUACUUCAUAAAGCCAGGAACAUUAAAAUCUUUCCAAUUCUGACUCCAGGUGAAGAUUGCAGAUGACAGGGUAAAUUGAUUUGUUCCUUAGAUCCAAACAAAUAAUUGCCAAAAAAACCCUAAAGUAAUUUUAAGCCAAACUAUUUUCUUGUAAGCAUCUCUUUAAGUUUGUAAUCCAGCAUCAUAUUUGUGGAUUUGAGAGCUAAA